AUCUCUCUCUCUCUCUCUCUCUCUCUCUCUCUCUCUCUCUGGUGCAGAAGGAGAAGAAGCAGAAGAAGAAGAGGAAGAACAUUGCACUAGAUGGAAGUAGAGGAGCUGAAAUGCAAUUAGACUUUUCAUCAUUUUCCUCAUGAAGGAGAUGUGGAUGCGCCGCACACUACCCUAUUUCGAAACCCUUAAGUCACCCAAAGUUCAAUGGAUUCCAUUCUUGUCUUACUCAGACAUCCCCAACAAGAAAGGCAAGCUAGCCCCUUUACAGGAAAGGAAAAUGGUGGAUAGAUGUAGGUUGUGGGCUAAAGGAGGCGAAGGCGGUAAUGGCUGUUUCAGCUUUCGGCGCAGCAGACACGAUCGGCGCGGCAAACCUGAUGGUGGAAAUGGUGGAAGAGGUGGUGAUGUGAUCCUAGAAUGCUCUGCAGCUGUCUGGGACUUCAGCAAUCUUCAACAUCAUUUGAAUGCUAAGCGAGGAGGGCAUGGAGUUUCCAAGAAUAAGAUUGGAAGCCGAGGAGCUGACAAGGUCGCACAAGUUCCAGUUGGCACUGUAAUUCAUCUAGUUAGGGGUGAAGUUCCAUCUGUUGUUGAAAAACGUUCCACUACAGCUUUGCACCCAUGGGAGAUCCCAGGUGAUUUUGAAGCUAAUCUAUCUGAAUCUGAUCAGAACGUCAAUGAUGGUACACUCAAUGCAACGGAGAAGACGCCAGAUGCAUUGGGAAGGAAUGAUUUCAAUAGUUCUUCACAUGUUGAGAGGAAUAUGGUUGAAUCAUCAACCACUGAGCAUGCUGUUCGGGAGUUUUCAAGUAGAAAUACUGACCGGUUGUCUUGUUCUGGCGAAAUGAAAUGUGGAGCCCCCAUUGAUGAUUCCAUUUCUGAAGAAAGUGAGAGUGAAUAUGAUGAAAUCAUGAGAUCCGAUGACGGAUUGUCUGAAUCGGAAAUUGAAGAAGAAGAAGAGGAAGAAGUACAAUAUUCGGUCGCAGAAUUAACAGAACCCGGGCAGCAGCUUGUUGUCGCUUGUGGAGGGGAUGGUGGUCUAGGCAAUGCUUCUUUAGGAAAACCUUCCAAGACCCACAAACACAUGAAACAUAGGGAGAUAAGCUCUGAUAAUGGAAUCUCGGAUGAUGAAGAUGAAUCUUCAGUUGCCACUGGUUUGCUGGGCACCGAGGCUGUUCUUAUAUUAGAACUCAAGAGCAUCGCAGACGUGGGUCUUGUUGGGAUGCCAAAUGCUGGUAAAAGUACUCUUCUAGGGGCCAUUUCAAGGGCGAAGCCUGUUAUAGGACAUUACGCUUUCACGACUCUAAGGCCGAAUAUAGGGAAUCUAAACUAUGAAGAUUUUUUUUCUGUUACGGUGGCCGACAUUCCUGGGCUCAUAAAAGGGGCACAUCAGAAUCGUGGACUGGGCCAUGCUUUUCUACGGCACAUAGAGCGGACGAAGGUUCUGGCCUACGUGGUGGAUUUAGCGGCCUCAUUGGAUGGGAGGAAGGGCCUUCCACCAUGGGAGCAGCUGAGAGAUUUGGUUUUGGAGCUUGAGCAUCAUCAGGUGGGUUUGUCAGAUCGGCCGUCCUUAGUAGUUGCCAACAAGAUUGACGAGGAGGGUGCGGAUGACAUGUAUGAAGAGCUAAGGAGCAGGGUGCCGAGUGUUCCUAUAUAUCCUGUCUGUGCAAUCUUGGAGGAGGGAAUACCAGAGCUCAAAGCGGGCCUUAGAAGGCUUGUCGACGGUGCAGAAUCACCGAGGCUUGAAUUAGGUGGACUUAUGCUGGACUAGCCUUGGGUUCUGGUACCGUUUCGUAAGUGUUAACUGAUUGACAACUGAGCUACCUCAUGGAUGGAAUGAUGAUAAGAAAUUGUGGUGCGUUGGCUGGUCCUAAUCAUCUUGAUCAAUGGGCAUUCUUUUUCUUCGAGUGUUUCUGAAAACUCAUCUUGGCCAUCAUUGGUAAUGUGUUGGGAUAGUUUGGAGCUAAAGAUGAGGGGGAAUUGUGGGCAUGAACUCAUCCAAGACAUCGUCCACUUAACUGGAGGUUCUGGAUCCAUGGGGAUGUAUCAGAUCCUAUCCAAUAUCUGUUUUUUAGCUGUUAAUUGUAUUUCUCAUCGAUGAGUUCAAAUGACACAUGCCUUCUUCAAGGGAGACUUCAUCAGGUUCUUAUGGUGGUGCCACUACGUUCAUCACUCUCGGGGACCAUGGAUUGAAGACUCAGAGACUCCUACUGAACUGUUAGGUCUUUAAGUUUGAGACUGGGGUUGACUCGCCCAUGUUGGGCAUAGUUUGAAUGGAGUCUGAUUGAACUCAAUUGAACCAGAUUGGACCCGAUUAUGACCAAGUCGACUUGGAUGAGUCACAUCCAUAGUCUGGACCCACAUGAAUGGAGUGUGUUUGCUGCACCAAAAUCCAACUAUGGUGCAUUUACAAUGACCUGCCAAAUAAGAUGAGAGUUAUGCUCUGGUGGGCUAAUUGUAUAGGAACCCUCCAUUAGGUCCAGUCUUCUUCCGCUGCUUGGCAAAAAUCACAGGAAUCAGAUGGUUUUAACAUCCCAUUACUGGGCCUUUCAUUGGGGAACAAUCUUCUACACCCAUUUUCCACGCCUCUAUGUGGAAGGUUUCGAUCAUCUGAUCAGUAUGAAUUUUUGAGGCAGCCUGUGAAAGAUUGCACUGGACCUGAAGGAUAGUCUGGGGAGUUGAUCUGGAUUCCAGCAAGUCCAACUAAAGCUAUGUGCAUGGAAGGUUUCCCAUACACGGAGCACCUUGUAUCAAGAAGAUGGGCCUCUCCAUCAUAUUGCGGGCAGCUUGUUAUAGAGGUAAGAGUAAAGAGGCCAGGUCCUCUACAAACGUUAGUAGAAUAAGAAUCUUUGACAACUCCUAUCCACCACUUGUGUGUAAAACGUCUAAAAUGUUAUUUUAACAGUGUGGGCUUCACCAUGUUAUGUAUGACAUCCAACCCUCUAAAUCA